CACCUGUGCAUGAUCACCUGAGAAGAAGAAUUAAAAGAAAAGGAGGUAAAGAAUUUGGAAGCAUGGCGCGACAGUUUCACAUCUGAGAGAGUCUCCUUUCGCAGCUCGUCAUCAACAAGGUCAGUCCUCCAGUCUCAGUUGGUGUCAUGGCUGAUCCGAGCUGGUGGAAGCUGACCUUCUCACGCAAGAAGAAAUCUGAAUCUAAGGUUCUGUAUGAGAUCCCAGCUGAGCAUGGUAGUAACACCGGACACAAAGCCCACUCGAGCAACAAUAACUCCCCUCCAGAUCAUAUGGACAGCCAGUUCAAUGCCAGACUGGAGAAGAUUGUGGAUAAAUCUGCCACCAAGGGCCGCCACGUCAAGGUCUCCCACUCUGGACGCUUCAAGGAAAAGAAGAAGGUCCGUGCCUCGCUGGGCGAGAACCCAAAUCUCUUCGCAGAGCACAACCUCAGUGACGAGAACCAUAAAAAAAAGACUGACAAAUAGCACGCAGGGUCCCAAAAACAUGCACCAAAAUGCACAUACUUGAUCACAAAUGUGUCAUAUAACAGUGUCACACUUAUAGAAGCUUAUGGAAGGUGAAAAUAUACACAAGCACAACCAUGUGGCACUGCAUGUGCAACAUGCAAGGGGGAUAAACACUUGUUACCAGGCACCACACCCAGGUAGAUACUGUAACCAUGUGGACUCACACCAAUACAAACAACUGGUAUCAGUAGACAACCUGUAGACAUUCAACAUUAAACCACGUACUUCUGUCUCAUUUUCUAUCUUUUCUACCCUUCUGUGCUCACUCUGUUAUUUAUCUUCAAAAAAUGAUCAGUGACAUGAAGUAAAAGUCAACACACUCUGCCUUGAAUUUGAAUGAACCGUAACAUUAUUGUAAAUUAUGCUUUUAUUUUUAUUAUUAUGGAUGAAGAGUUUUGGAAUUAAACCCUUUUUUUUACACAAUCAACAGGUAAUAAGUGAAGAAGUGUCUGUAAAGCACAGUAAAUUUUUAUCACAUUUUUAUGACCAAAGCAAAUAGGGACUUGGUUUUGAUGAUGUGUCUGAAAUAUUGUGGGUAGAAAUACAGUAAAAUGCUGUUUAUAUAAUCUUUUCUGAAAUCCUAAAGCAAAAAAAAAAGAAGUUUGUUUUUAAUAAAU